CACACUUCCAAAAUAAAAACCACCAUCUUUCGACCUGCUCCCGUCGAAUCACCAAACUUGAUUAAUCCGUUAUCAGCCCGCGUUGAUAACCCCCUUUUCAAACCCAACGCAAGACAGUUUCGGUUGAGCGCUCCAUCCGCGAUGAGCGUAAAAUUUUGGCUGAUCGCGUCCGCGAUCUUCUCAGCUCAGCAGGUCAUCCUGGCCGACGAGGGCAGCUUCAGUGCCGCCACGAACGCGCUGUUCCGGUGCGGCAUCCGGAAGCGAUUCGGGGCCCAGCUAAUCCACAAUGGACGCACCGCCGAGCUUGGCCAGUGGCCGUGGCACGUGGCGCUGUACCACGGGGAGAAGUACAAGUGUGGCGGCACGUUGAUCGACCAGCGCCACGUGCUGACCGCGGCCCACUGUGUCGUGAGGGGCAAGAAUAGACCGAACAAGUCGAAGAACAAGAGUAUAACAAUUGAAGUGGAGCGGAUUAGGAUUCACCUGGGGCAGCGCCACCUAGAUGAGCUCCCGGAACCGGAACUGGUCAAGAACGUGAGCGAAAUCGUCGUACAUCCGGAGUUUAGCCCGAAUCGGAACGACAUCGCCCUGCUCGUACUGUCCAGUGUGGUACAGUUCUCGGAGUUGGUCAUUCCGAUAUGCCUGGUGGGAUCGCGAGCGGCUCAGGAGGAAGAUUUGGUAGACCGGCGAGGUUGGGUCGCCGGUUGGGGCAUCACGGAGACGGGACACCUGUCGACGGUGCUGAAAACGGUCCAGAUGCCGGUGGUCAACAAUACGGAGUGCGUCCAGAACGAUCCUCUUUUGUUUGAAAGGUUCAUAUCGCCGAAGAUGUUCUGCGCCAGCGAUCGGAACGGGACGAGCGUCUGCCAGGGUGACAGCGGCGGAGGAAUGUACCUGCUGGCCGGAGAUCGCUGGGAACUUCGCGGGAUAACUUCGUUCGCCGGGGUGACGGAUAGCGGGGGAUGUGACACCCAGAGAUACGUGGUGUUCAGCAAGGUGUCCAGCUACUACGAGUGGAUCAAAGGAUUGACGGGGGACGCUGUCAAAAAGGAAGACAUCGUUCCGAAGCGGAUCAGUGAGUUGAAAUGCCUGCAGUACAGCAAAUUUGCGCGGAAGCGCAACAACGGAGUGUGCUCCAACGCGAGAUCUCCCCACACGGUGGCCAUAAUCGACCGGCUGCAGCAGCACAUUUCGAGCGGCAGUAUCAUCAGCGAAAAGUUUGUGCUGACCAAAGCGCCAAGCCUGUUUGAGAUGUACGAGAUGGACGUCGAGUGGGAUGCACUGUGGGUACGCAUUGGCAACCAGCCGGACCGGAAGGUGCUUCGCGAAAUUCACAGCCCUGGCUAUGACGCGAAGACGCUCCGGCACCACAUCAUGCUGCUCGAGUUGGAAAAGCAGCUUUUCACGAGUGGGCUGCUGCCGGCAUGUUUGGCCAACGAGGCCACCGAAAAUCUGUUCGACACCCUGCUCCUGAACGGGUACACCGGUUCGAACUACUAUUUUUUUAAAGGCAAGCCACACCCUGUUUAUGCCGACAAUGAUUUUUACGAGAACCUGGACAACAAAGUAAUUUCGAACGAACAGUGCAGCCGGAGGAUCCGCGACUCGCUUCGGGGGUACACUGCGGCCAACCCGGAAGAUCUGUGCACUAGCUUCCAAACAGAAGCGCCCUUUACCUGGGCUGGCAUCGUCGGGGGUCCGCUGCAGACGGUCAACACUCGCAGUUGCAUGUACACGCUGGUAGGGGUCAUGCGGCUUAUCUAUCCAGCGCGGUUUGAAACUGCUGAGCCGUAUACGAACGUGUACUCUCGCGUUACGGCCUACCUGGACUGGAUUGAGCACGUGGUUUGGGGUAACGAGACGGUUCCGGAACACGUUGCUGUGGAUGGUACGGGAGAGGCACCAACAGAAGAGGUCUUUGAGCCCAAGAUGAGACCUGUGCAUUUCGAUGUUUUCCGAAACCUUGGAGCAGGGCUGCGGAGUCAAGUCAUAAUUCAAGCGACUCCGACGCCGGCUGUCUGCUUCUCGCAGAACUCGGCCAAACGCCGGCACGCCUCGGCCAUCAUGUCCUCCGGCACGACAGAACACGCUCUGCUCGGCCACGAGCGCCUGCACAAACUCGAGGUCCGUCUCGUACUCCGGGAAGCGGCCGAUGUCGAUGCCGAUCAUCAUGUACAUGGCCCCGCCGGGCAUGACCGGACGCAGCCCGCGGAUGUGCUUGACCGAUUUGAAGGCCAGCUCGGCGUGGCGCUGGAAUUGGAAUUGGCGCGGUUAAGGGGGGUGGUGUGGGAAGUGGAGAGGUCUUUUUGGGGGAAUACUUACGUGCAGCGUUGCAACCAGUUCGUCGUAGAAGCUCUGCGGAGUGUUUCUCAGUAUUUCCGGCAGGGCGCCCUGGACCAGCGUGUUGGCGCCCAGGAUUCUGGACGACAGGUUGGCCAACCCCUUGCGAACUCCCUGCAGCACGUUAUCCCGAUCGUGGAUGACGAUCCAUCCCAUGCGCCAUCCCGGCACCAGGAAGCGCUUGGUCAGUCCACCGCAGGACAGCACCGGAACCUUGCGCGACAGCGAACUAACCGAGUGGAACUCCUGGCCGGGGAAGACAAAGUGCUCGUAGAUUUCGUCCGCGAUGAUCGGAACAAAGUGCCGCUCGGCAAUGUCCAGAAUCGCCUCCAAAUGUUCCCGGCUGAAGACGGAACCGCACGGGUUGCUCGGAUUCGUCACCACGAUCGUGGCCGUGUUGGCAUCGAUCAGCGAUUCCAGCUGGUCCAGGUCCACCUCCCAGUUGCGUUCCGGGAUCAGAUCAUAGUACCGGCACUCGACGCCGAAGCCCUCCGCGAGCGUCUUCCAAGCCAGUUUCGGUUGAGCGCUCCAUCCGCGAUGAGCGUAAAAUUUUGGCUGAUCGCGUCCGCGAUCUUCUCAGCCCAGCAGGUCAUCCUGGCCGACGAGGGCAGCUUCAGUGCCGCCACGAACGCGCUGUUCCGGUGCGGCAUCCGGAAGCGGUUCGGGUCCCAGCUGAUCCACCAUGGACGCACCGCCGAGCUUGGCCAGUGGCCGUGGCACGUGGCCAUGUACCACGGGGAGAAGUACGCGUGCGGCGGAUCGUUGAUCGACCAGCGCCACGUCCUGACCGCGGCCCACUGUGUCGUGAGGGGCAAGGACAGGCCGAGGAAAUCGAAGAAUAAGAAUAUAACAAUUGAAGUGGAGCGGAUUAGGAUUCACCUGGGGCAGCAUAGUCUGGAUGAUUUGCCGGAACAGGUACAGGUCAAGAACGUGAGCGAAAUAGUCGUACAUCCGGAGUUUAGCACGAAUCGGAACGACAUCGCCCUGCUCGUACUGUCCAGUGUGGUUCAGUUCUCGGAGUUGGUCAUUCCGAUAUGCCUGGUGGGGUCGCGUGUGGCUCAGGGGGAAGAUUUGAUAGAUCGACGGGGUUGGGUCGCCGGUUGGGGCAUCACGGAGACGGGACACCUGUCGACGGUGCUGAAAACGACUCAAAUGCCGGUGGUCAACAAUACGGUGUGCGUCCAGGACGAUCCGGAACUGUUUGGAAAGUUCGUCGCGCCGACGAUGUUCUGCGCCAGUGACCGGAACGGGACGAGCGUCUGCCAGGGUGACAGCGGCGGAGGAAUGUACCUGCUGGCCGGUGAUCGCUGGGAACUUCGCGGGAUAACUUCGUUUGCCGGAGCAAAGGAUUCUAAAGAAUGCGAUACCCAGAGAUUCGUGGUGUUCAGCAAGGUGUCCAGCUACUUCGAGUGGAUCAAAGGCUUGACAGGGGAAGCCGUCAAAAAGGAAGAUAUCGUUCCGAAGCGGAUCAGUGAGUUGAGUGAGUACGAAUUUUUGCCAUCGGUUCGCUCACCUGUCAUUCCCAUCCAAGAUGGCCUGUCGAGCUACACGCUCAUUUCAGAACAAUCGGAUUUUGCUUACAUUUUAGUUAUUUUUUUCUGUUUACGUUUCCUAGAAUGCCAGGAGUACAGUAAAAUCGCGCGUAAGCGCAACAACGGCGUGUGCCUGAACGCGAGAUCUCCCCACACGGUGGCCAUCAUCGACCGGAACCAGCGGCACAUCUCGAGCGGAACCAUCAUCAGCGAGAAGUUUGUGCUGACCAGGGCGCCAAGCUUAUACGACAUGUACGAGUUGCGGGUGGACUGGGACGAGCUGAGGGUACGCGUUGGCAAUCAACCGGACCGGCGGGUGCUCCAGGAGAUCACCAACCCAAACUACGACUCCAGAACGCUCCGCCAUCAUGUGAUGUUGCUCGAGCUGGAAGCACCGCUCGUGUUCAGCAGUGGGCUGCUGCCGGCAUGCUUGGCCAACGAGGCUACCGAGAAUCUGUACGACACGCUACUCCUGAACGGGUACACCGGAGCGAGCGUAGAGGACGGUCGUAUUGUUGCUCCGAACGAUUUCUUCGAAAGCGUCGAUAGCAAGGUGAUGUCGAACGGCAAGUGCAACCGAACCAUCCGAUCCCCUUUCCGAGCGUACAAAGAGAUCCACCCGGAAGAUCUGUGCACCAACUUUGAGACGGAAUCGAGCUUCACCUGGGCCGGUAUCGUCGGCGGUCCGCUGCAGACGGUCAACACGCGCAGUUGCAUGUUUACGCAGGUUGGGGUGACGCGGCUGAUUUACCCACCGCUGGACUCGGUUCUUCAGUAUACCAUCGUCUACUCCCGCGUAACGGCCUACCUGGACUGGAUCGAGGGCGUGGUGUGGAGUAACGAGAAGCGGCCGGAGGACACGGCCGAUAGUGCACCGGGAGAGGCGCCCACACAGGAAGAGGAGGAGGAGGAGGUUGAGGAGGGCGUCGGGCAGACUACCACGGCGAGACCUCUUAGUUUGGGGGAUUUCCGGCCAAUUCCAACCGGAUGGGAGUAACUAGCAACAAGAAAAACUAGAUUGAUGAAAUCAAUUGAUUUAAAAAAAAAUCUGAAUCUGAAAUCUGAUCUGAAUUUGAUCGAAAUCUGAUUUUUUUUUAGAUUUAGAAAAGUGAUUUUAAAAUAAAAGUCAUUUCUGUACAGAAAAUCUCUUUUCUUUACCAGUUAAUUCCAAGAGGAAAAUUGAUCCAA